AUGGAUUUAUCAGACGUCAGCGCUAUGUUUGACCAAACCGACAACGCAUCGUCUCCGUCCAACGCCCUAGAGCACGUAGUUGGGCGGCUGCACAGCCUUGAGGCAGCCGUCAACGAACUGCUUAAGCGGUCAGAGCCGCAAUCUUCCCAUAUUUUCUGCCCUGUGGCAGACAACCGCGACGGACACGGACACAAUACGUUGCGGCGCGACCGCUUCCCUGAUGCGGUUGCUAAAAGCAUGCAGGUAGCGAGGCUCGGCCUUUGUGAUCGUUGCCUCAAGCCUGCUCACGACGGUGACGACUGUGGUGUGCAGUGUGCAGCGUGUGGGGGACCACACAAUGUGCUGCUGUGCGCCAACCGAGGACAAGGCGGCCGCGGCUUCAAACGACGACGACCAUGA